AUGGAUAAUGAAUGUACUUAUUGUCAAGCAUUAAAAUACAGAAACGAACCAACUGGUUUAUGUUGUGCAAAUGGAAAAAUUAAACUACCAGUCCCAAGGUGUCCAGUUGAACCCUUGUUAUCAUAUUUAAUCGAUAUUAUUGCAAUAAUUAAUGACCUUAAAGAACCAACAGAAAUAUCUGCUUCAAAUGGUGAAACAUAUAAAAAACAAGAAAUCAUUUUGAUUGACGAAGGAAUAAAAACAAUUGUACUAAAUUUGAGGAAUGACAAUAUUAAUAAUUUUGAAGGGAAAAAGAAUGAUAUUAUAGCCAUCAGUAAUGUCAAAAUUGGUGAGUAUAAAACCCAGAAAACUUUGGUUUUAACAAGUGCAUCACAAAUAAUAAUAAAUCCUGACUUUCCUGAGGCGAAUAGAUUGAAAGAAGAAUUUAGACGUAUUGAAAAAAAGGACAUUGAAAAUGUUAAGUUCACCAAAAUAAACUUAAUUCAAAAUCUAGAAGAUCAAAUAUUUAUAAAUAUAAACGCUGUUAUUGAUGCUGUGGGUGAAGUAGAUAAUGUAUUUUCUAAAAAUGGCCAAAUAUACGAUAAAAAAGAAAUAGUCCUAAUCGAUGAUAGUAAUGAAAAGAUAACUUUAACAUUAUGGAAUGAAUUUGCUACUAAUUUCAUGGGUAAACAAAAUACCAAAAUAACCUUACGGAAUACCAAAAUUAGUAACUACAAAAAUCAAAGAUAUUUAACAUUGAAUCGACAAUCAAUAGUUUCGUAUGACGUAGACAAAACAACUAACAUAAAAUUUGAAGAAUGGUUUAAUAGAAAAUAUAAUAAAGGAUGUUUAUUUGAUGAUGUGAAUGAACAUGAUAUGCCAUAA